GAAGCGACCACCGGCGAAAUCGGCGCAUAAAAGAUGACAACGACUGACCACUGACUGGAGGGAUCAAACGAAGACCAAAGAUUUCAGGACAAUGGACCCUCUGGAUCUUGCGAUGGACUAUCUGACAUUGGACGAGGCUCAGUAUCGUACGGUGACAAGUUUGAGUUCCUAUAUCAGUCGAGGCUCGCUGGAUUUAAAUGACCUCACUGGACGAGUUACGGGAGGCAUUCUCAAGUUUGAGUUUGAUGGUGCACAUUGUGAUGAGCUUCACCAAAGUUACUUUGUUUCAAUCAAUGAGGAUUCUUCCAUGGACAGUCUGGCUAAGUACAUGUCCAAGAUCUGGAGAAAACGGACUCCGGACAUUAUCUUGUCAGUUAUUUCCAGCAUAUCUCACUUCAAAAUUUGGGAGGAUCAAAGCCAAGUGGAGGACUUCCAGGCCGGUCUCACACAGGCUCUUAACACUACGAACAUGUGGGUGUUAACCAGUGGACUAGACGGAGGAAUCUCCAGAAUUGUGGGGGAUGCCAUUCACAAUGAGCAUGAACGACGCUCAAUUCUGAUGUCUCGAGCAAACACGGCUUACGGAAAAAUAGCCAACUCAUCUCAUGUGGAAGAACUGACCAAACUGACCAUCAUUGGAAUUGUUCCCAAGAGCGCUUUGACUUAUGGAAAUGAUAUAGCUACAAAUCACGAUGUGGUGGUUGAGUUGAAGAAUAAAGGGUUGAGAGCCAAACGGCAAGCUUCAGAGCUGAAUGCAGAACAUUCCCACUUUAUUUUGUUGGAAGGAAUAACGGACCUUAGGGACAGCAUGGCUCUCAGGUAUAAGGUCGAGGAACGAUUGCUCACUCCCAUAGGACGAGGCAAAAAAUACAGAAAAAUGCUGAACCUGAGUGAUCCAAAUCUAAAUUUUGAAGAUGCUGCAGCUUUCUUCAAUCAUUCGGACAUAAUUAGCAGUACAUGUACUCCAAUGGUGGGUCUGUUGAUACAAGGUGGUCCAGUCGACAUUGAGCACGUAGUAGACCUCCUCAGGAGAAAGGUGCCUGUGCUCAUUGUUAAGGGAACGGGUCUGGCAGCUGACCUCAUUGCAUUCGUCUUCAAUGAAAAAAUGACACACCCGGGGGAGGAGCAUGACCCCUUCUUGAAGCAGGAACUAAUUAAGAGAAUGUUAGUAUGUUACCCUAAUGAUUUCCAGGAUGACGAACCAGCUAGGAAUCAUUGCCGAGACUUAAUCAUCGAGAGUGCUAGUCUGGCACUGCAGGAAAACCGAUCGUUCCUAACCAUUUUGGAUAUAGAAGCCGAUCCACUGGGCCUUAAAAAUCUCGACAAGUACCUCCUCCUGGCUCUGUUUGAAUCUCAGGGUACAAAGCGAGGCUCUCAGUUCCAGGAGCAGUUCCAGUCGGAUUUGAAGCUCACCAUGGAUUGGAACAGAUGUGAUCUAGCUGAGUCACGGAUAUUUAGGAAAUACUCAUGGAAAUCUAUAAAGAUUACUCCUGAGCUGUUUGAUCGGGCACUGUUGAAGAGAGACCGAGAAAAGUUUCUGGACCUGUUUCUAGAGAAAAAGACUAUUGUACUCCACCAAUACCUCAACCAUAAAAAAUUGUUGUAUCUUUUCAACCAGCUAGAAAAACCAGAGUUUUUCUGUCAUGUUUGCCUAGAAGGAAUUCUUGCUAAAAUUCCGGGAACGUGCUACCCAGUGGAUAAGUACUUUCUGAUGGAUAAAAACUCCGAUUUGAAUCAAAUUUUGACCAAACUAACUGGGCUGGAUAAUUUGGUUUCAUCAUAUGAUCUCUCCAUGAAUGCGUCUGGGAAAUAUGUUUGUGACAAAGGAGCUGCUGAACGAAAGGCUGUGCUGGCCCUGAUUUACUGGGCUGCUCUGACAAACAACCCGAAGCAGGUCAAGUCCCUUUGGAUGCAGUCUGAACAGCCUAUGGUGACUGCUCUCAUUAUCAGCAGAAUCUGGCAUCAGCUGUCCAAAAAGUGGGUCAAGGAUCUGGACACCAAACGGCUGCUGAAAGAGAAUGCCAUUGAAUUUGGAAAGCGUGCUGUUGAGUUGUUGGACUUGAGCUAUAAGGACUCUGCCCUUCAUGCUAUUGCAUCUUUAGAUGACAAACUCGCAGAAUUUGGCAACAAGACAGUUACACAAGUGGCUCAGCUCUGCAGAAACAGGCACUUCAUUGCACACAAAAGCUGUCAGAAAUGGCUGAUGCACCGGUGGCAUGGCUGUUUGCGAAUUAGAGAAGUAGACUACAGGAUCUUCAAACUUCCUGAAUGGGUGAAGAUUUACAUGUGUACGCUGUUCGUCCUUCCUAUGUUUUUUUGGAUAACAUAUGAUGUCAAGAGGAACAGUGUCGCAGUCAAGGAAGAGGAAGAGGAAGAAGAGGAUGAGGAUCAUGAAGAUGUGGCAGAGACAGCACCUUUAUCAGGAGAGGAGAAAUGGACAAGAAGCAGGAAAGCCAAUGUGACCUAUCAUGUAAAGGAGAUGCUGUCUUAUGGAAGGCAGAACUUAAAAGUCCCCAUCUACCUCCAGUUCCACUACUUUUACAGUGCCCCCAUUGUAAAGUUUUACAUCAGUCAGUUCUUCUACUUCAUGUAUCUGCUCCUGUUCAGUGUGGCCGUGAUCGUCCCAUCUUGUGGGGACAUUCAGAUCGAUAUCAUUCUGUAUUUCUGGACCUUUAUGUUGUGGAUAGAGGUCAUCCGAAAGACAGUCAUGAAGAAAAAGAAUCAUAAGGAGCUGACUGUUCACUGGACUGUGGUAGAGAUCAUCUUAAUCUUUUUGUACCUAUUGGUCAUUGGCAUCAUCCGUAUCGUCCCGAGAUACAUUCCCUCCAUCAAGUACACCACUGCCAAGUUUAUCAUGAGUCUGGGGCUCAUCUACUUCUACUACAGAACGAUGAACAUCUUUUUUCCUAUCAGUCCGGUGUUAGGCCCUAUGUUGAUUAGUAUCAAAAGAAUGGUCAGGUACGAUUUCAUUACCUGGUUCAAGAUGUUCCUGAUUAUCAUGAUAUCUGGAGGUAUAGCCAUUCAGGCUACCCUGUACCCUAAUUACCCCUUCACAGAGUAUGGCCUGACUAUGGCAAUCAGCAGGGCUCUCUUUGCUAUGUUUCUCACGAAAAUUGAUGAUCUGGAUGGUAAUCCAAAAUGCAAUGCAUUUUAUGCCAAUCAGACAACAAGUGUGUGUUAUGAUUCAUCUGCUUCAUUUUGGAGUCGAAAUAUCUCCAGAGUGCGAUUUUCCCCCGAGUAUGCGGUGUGUCCUCACAGAAGUUUUGGAGGAUAUGUCACCACCAUCCAGUAUCUGCUGCUAACCAAACUGAUCUUCAUCACACUGCUGUACGCCCUCUUCAGUGCCACAAACUCAAAGAUACAGGCUGAAUCGGAGAAGAUCUGGAAGUUCCAGUUACAUAGUCUCAUAGUUGAUUUUGAGACUCGCCUCAGACUGCCAGCUCCCUUUAAUUUCAUUAGCUACCUGAUCAUGUUGUUUGAACAGAUGUGCAAGAUGAUGAAGCGGUUUUACAGAUGGAUUUGUCGGUCAAGCUGUUGUGUGAAACAUACAGAUUUGGAAAAAAACAACGAAAAGAAAGUAAUAACGAAGCAGCGAGCGGACUUCACGUUUUGGAAGACAUUAAUGAAGAACUUAAAGAAGCAACAGAAACAUGAUGAGAUAAAAGCUCAGCGGCCUCUGGAACAAGAACAAAAAGUUCAGCAGCUGUUGACGCAGUCAACUCUUCAGACCCAGUUUAACAACAAACUGACCGAGCAGCUUUGUAGCUUAGAGCGACACAUCAUAGCCUGCCAGAUGGCGCUGGAGCAGGUCCACCACAAGAUUGACACCAUGGACCCCAAGAAGCGUCCAGAACUUGAGAAGUCCACCAAUCUUCACAUGGCCAGUAGAGAGUCCCCCUACCCUGGUACCAUGAUACAAAGGUUUCCAGUGUUCGACAAAUUUAUUGACUGGGAGGAGACAUUUGCAUCCUAUGAUCCUGUGUUAUACACUAAACCAAUAGAAGAAUACCCAGAAGAGGUCAGAUCUCUGAUUGACCUGGACUACAUUGAGCUCAUUCACAAACUAGAGGAUGUUAGUCUGGGUCAGGAGGACCGUCUCAGUAUCCUAUCCAAUCAAACCACUCACAGACCUCUGUGGAACGUGGUGGCCAGUUACCUUAUCAAUGAUGUCAACCUGGAGAUUAACCGCAUGUCCUGGAUUGACAAAGAUGGUGUUCCUAUCAAAUAUGCCUUGGAUUCCUAUAAUAUUCCUCUGAAUCCAAAUGGUCGAACAGGAAUCCGUGGGAGGGGCAAGCUUUGGAGAUGGGGUCCAAACCACUCUGUGAAAGUGGUCAUCUCCAGAUGGAAGCGAUACAGAUCAAAGGACAGCUUCAUUAAAGUCAACGACAAAAAAGUUAUGGAAGUCAUUGUCCUUCAGAAGAGUGCGUCAGGGGAGCUUACUCUACCCGAGGGAAAAGAGUAUGGACACCUGUCACUUUAUUCAGCUGUGUGCAAGAAAUUCAUGAGUAAGGUGUUCGGUCAGAAAGAGGUCCAAAUCAAUGAAGAAAUGUCAGAAAACCAAAUGGUUGAGUUCUUUCAGCAAUUUGUGGAGCCCCACCCGGGACCCUUUACUGGGUUCACUUCUGGGAUAAUUUACAAGGGAUACAUGGAUGACCCCUGUAACACAGACAAUGCCUGGAGAGAGUCGGAGGUCUGGAACAUACACUACCAUGUCCCAGAUAACCUGGAUUCCAAAAUUGUUAAUAAAGAGAAAAUAUGGAAAGAAGUCUCUUCUUAUCUCCACCUGAAUGGAAAUCAGAAUCUUAUUGUUCAGGAGACAGCUCGUAUUCAUGGUGCCUAUUAUGUUUAAAAUGUAAUAUCAUCAUUAGUGUAGAGAGAGGUGCUUGGGAAGUUUAACCUAUAUAACUAGCUGUCUCUGCUGUCUGGUUCUGUUUCAUGCUCAACAAGAUGACAACAGAAAUAUAAUAACAGGUGCUUUUUUUGAUGUGCCUACAAGAUAUUGUGAUGUAUUAAACAGCGAAUUUGUGAAAAAUUCUUUGGACUGUGGGCAUAAAGCUAACAAUUAUUUUAUAUCAAAUAUCAAAUUAAGAUUUUGUGAAGUAUGUUGUAUGAAUUUAAGUUUGAUAUUUUAAAUUCAACAGUGCAGCUAUGAUUGAAUGAUUUAAAUAUGCCUGUCUUUAGAUGAAACCUGUGGUAUGGCUUUAUCCGUCUUUGUCUAGUCUUUUCUGUCUGUAAACACCUUGUGUGUAAGGUACAAACCAUUGUAAGUUAUGGUCCAGGAUCUUCCAACACGGUAAAUAUUAUCCUUAAGGGAAAGGUAUGGGAGUGAGUCGUGUUUCAGGCCUUCAAACUCAGCACAUUCAUUCCUCAUGGAGUGAAGAAAAUUGUAAAUAAAGUCGGAGGUUAGGGGUCAAAUUUUAAAACUUCUUAACUUAAAUAUGUUAUGUUAAAAAAUCAUCGUAACUUUACAACAGCCUUAUAUAGGCUAUCCUAAGUUAAGAUAUUUUUCUGAAUUUUUUUCCUUUCAUUUAAAUAGAAUGACUGCCCUUGUGCUGUUUCAGGAUAUUUUGAGAGAAAAUAAAGACAAACCUCCCAGUCACCACUGAAGUUUUAAUUACAACUGGACUUGAGAACACAUUUGAUUUAGUAAAACAGAAGCGUUAAUGUAUCUUAAGUUAAAACUUAUGAAAUUCUUGAGUCAGAAUUAUUUUUAGUAAGAUAAGUAUAGUAAAACUUGUGCCGGGCUGUUAUAUAAGAUGCAUUCCCUUAGGUCCACAGUCAUCAAAUUGACCUAUUUCCUGUGGAAAGGGAAUAAUGGCUGUUUGACAGUUGAAGGCCAGAUAACAAUUGUCAAGUUGCUAUUCUAUAUUACUGAAAUAGCUAUACUAUGUUUUGUUCCUUUCCACAACAAAUCUUAUAGUACUAUUAAAGAUCAAAAUUUGAAACCAUCUCGGGCAUAUUUUGCACUGUUCAUGGUUCUCUUGUUAAUUGCUGUUUACAGACUAACCUUUUUAACAUUGCUCUGUUGAUUUGACCUCCCUGUUACAAUUUUAUCGUGGAUUUACAUUCCUGCCUUCACAGUUCCCAUCAUUUUUUUUUUUUAAAAAUGCCUUGUACUUUAUCACUCAGGAUAUAUUGUUAAAAAUUGCCUGCCUACGAUUUUUGUUGUUUUAUCAUUAAAGAUUAUAGGUUCAUGCAGCUGAUCAAUAAUAACGGGUAUUUCAUUUUGGCAUGUUUUUGGUAUCAUGUAAAUAGGUCAAUACUAUGUGUUGUAAUGACAUUUAUGUUUAUUGUCGUAUGCUUUUAACACUUUUGAAUUUCAGUUGAAUUAUUUUCAUUUCAGUUUCUUAAAAGAUAGGUAAAAAAGAGAUAAUCGUUAAGAGGGGUUUUCAAGAAUAAUUUGGAGAGAAUAUAAUUUAACCCUCGCCUUAUUGUUCACAUGUAGACAAGAUUUGAAGUGCUACUUUUAAAAUGACUUUCAGAAUUCAGUAUGUUUUAUUCAGCUUUGCUGCUAUAUGAAACAGCGUUGUUUCAAUGUUCACUUUCUGCUGCUACAACUAGGAACAUCUCUUUGUUUUACCACGUAACACAUAUUAAUGACACCUCGUUCCGUGUUCUUAUAAGCAGCAUUACUUUCUGAAGUCAAUGUGUUUUUAUGUGUAAUGAAUUUUAAAUUUUAUGUGCUAGCUUUAUAAUCGUUACCAAGGUCAUCAUUACAUGCAAACUUUCAAUUUUCAGUUUAAAUUUCCUAUAUAUAUCGAAUAUUGGUGCAAGAAAAAUGUUACAUUGCAGUAUUCUCGUGCAUCUUCGUGAUAUUUGUAUCAUCCAUUCAUUGAUCACAUGAAACAUGGCCUCACGAUCGUAAAACAAACUCAGUCUGCUUUUUAACAACUGGUAGAUAUCUGAAACAUGAAAUUUGUGAUAACAACAUGUUACAUAAUUUGACAGAACUUUUAUGUGGGACUAUUUGGUUACUGUAUGGUGUUAGUGUGGAUUAAUCUGCGGAGUUUCACUAAAGCUUAAAAUGGUUCAUGAUCCCAGGGUUAAAGAUAUAUAUUGCGACGUUUCUCGAUUACGUAUAAUUUUUCAUGACAUUUCAGGUUCACAUGCAUCCAAUCUUUUUGUAUUAAAAAACUUAAGGAUUUAGGAUAUUUUUGAUAGUUCCUGAUUGUGGCAAGUAAAAUGUAAAGUAAACUCUUAUGUAUAACAGAAAGUUGUAUAUAUGAAAUGAAAAUCACUAAUUUGAAAUUACUGUAGCAAAAAGGGAAAGAAAAAUCUUUGGAUCAACCAGAGAUUGAACCUUGGACCCAUUUAUUACUAGUUAGGUGAUCUAACCACUGACCUACCCGAGCCAAUAUACGAAAUGUAGUGAUUUUAUUAUAACAAUGUAAAAUUUAAACCUUUUCCAGAAAUUUUACAAAAACUCGUCAUAUGGAGGAGAUGAAAAAUUAGUUUUAGAAAAAAAAGGUCAGAAAUGUCAUGUAUGAUGUUAAAGAUUGGAUAUGUCAUUAGAAUUGUUGUCAGAACAGUAGUGUUUGUAGCAACAAAGAUGUCAACUUUAAAUAUUUGUGGUAGAUUUGAUUCCUUGGCACUGACCACUUGCAUACAGCAUGCUCCUUAUAUCAUGUGAAUGCAGAAUUUUCAUGUGGUUAAGUCAGAAUCAGCCAUGUGAGGUGUCAAGAGAGCACCAAAUUGAUAUGCAAAUUAUUGUCAAUGUCAUAUCAUAGCCAUCAAUCACAAGAUUUUGGUCAAAAGUGGGAUGCACUGUUUUUUGCUCCCAAUAGGUGCUUCCAAUUUUUGUGGAAUUUUUUUCUACACUUGUACAUAGAAUUGGACUGAAUUUUAAUACCAUUUUGUACUUUUAUAAAUUUCAUAGGCAAAUAUACUAUUGUACAUACUUUUAAAAGUAUCAUUUUCAUCUGUGUAUAUAAAUCUAUUGUCUAUAUUUACCUUAAAGUGAGUGGCUCUGUUGAAAUUGUAUCUGGGUUGAAAUGUUGUCAUUUGAACUCUAAAUCACAUAUUUUGGACACCAUUUCAGAAUUUUAAUGAAGGUCAUUCCUAGUGCUAUGACACAAUUCUUAGUAUGUGGAUCUCUUGUCAGAAUGAGUUAAUUCCCUUUAUUGUGCUUGGACACAUUCUCUUGUCAGAAUGAGUUAAUUCCCUUUAUUGUGCUUGGACACAUUCUCAGUAUGUGGAUCUCUUGUCAGAAUGAGUUCCCUGUAUUGUGCUCUGGAUGGCAAGAUCUUGUGUCAAGGUCAGAUCACAAUGUAACAAAAUCUUAUCCUGGGUAUUAAUUUUAUUCUCUUGCUUUACCUUGAAUGAAUGUAAUGUUGAAUAUAUUGAACUAGGGUUGUGUUGUCACUGAUACAGGCAAUGAUAAAUUGAAAUACUAUUACUAGCUAGCUCUUUAUAUAGCAUAUCCAUGACAUCAUGGCCAGUUUGUAAUGUAUCACCAAGGUCAAGGUUAUGGGUUAAAUAACUUCUGUACUACCUCUCACUAGUAUAUUGUCAAUAAUCACAUGUAUUGACUUGUACUUCAGUGUAAACAGGAAAUAAACCUGAUUUGUUUAUCUGUAUAAAUUAGUAAAUAACAUGUGUAUAAAAUACUAGCAUAUGUACCUCCUAAUUGUAGUUCAUAAUGUAAACAGAGAAAUACCCUUUAAAUAAUCAGAUUUAGCAGUCAUCAGUCUACCUAAAAAAUACUCUUAGUAUGUGUCUACAUACAUGUAUUUUUCAAUUAUCAUGUAAUUUACUUUUCUGUUUUCUUUAAUAUGACACAGUUGCUAUGUUUGUUUUUGUUCUAUCAACUACGGCAGACAUUACCGAUAAUUUCUGUACACAAACCAUUUGAGAAAAAUAAAAUUUCUACGUAUGA